CUUGUGACAGAAGCCUCUACAGGGUGGAGAGGAUGCCUGGUGGCCUACAUCAGUAUAAAUGGCACCAUCCACCUGGCCACCCUGCUCUGGAGGCAAGGAGCACGGGCUGUGUUCUUGCAGGAGGAGUUGCUGGAGCAGGCGCCAUGCUGCUGUGCUCUUUGACCCUUACCCUCCUCUGGAUGGUGGCUUCUGGCCUCGAGUGUGACAUGAAGGAAGUUUGUCUUGGAAGUCCUGGCACUCCUGGCACUCCUGGAUCCCAUGGCCUGCCAGGAAGAGAUGGGAGAGAUGGUAUCAAAGGAGACCCUGGGCCUCCAGGCCCCAUGGGACCCCCUGGAGGAAUGCCAGGCCUCCCUGGGCGUGAUGGGAUGACUGGAGCCCCUGGCCUCACUGGAGAGCGUGGAGAAAAGGGAGAGCCUGGCGAGAGAGGUCCUCCAGGCUUUCCAGCGUAUCUAGAUGAAGAGCUCCAGGGUACACUCCAUGAGAUCAGACAUCAAGUUCUGCAGUCACAGGGCGUCCUCAGUUUGCAGGGGUCCAUGAUGGCAGUGGGAGAGAAGGUCUUCUCUACCAAUGGGCAGUCAGUCAAUUUUGAUGCCAUUAAAGAGUUAUGUGCCAGAGCAGGUGGACAGAUUGCUACCCCGAGGAGUCCAGAGGAGAAUGAAGCCAUUACCAGCAUCGUGAAGAAGCACAACACUUAUGCUUACCUGGGCCUGGUCGAAGGCCCCACCGCUGGAGACUUCUAUUACCUGGAUGGAGCCCCUGUGAAUUAUACCAAUUGGUACUCAGGGGAGCCUAGGGGCCGGGGUAAAGAGAAGUGUGUGGAGAUAUACACAGAUGGUCAGUGGAACGACAAGAACUGCCUGCAGUACCGACUGGCCAUCUGUGAGUUCUGAGCAGGCACCAAAGCCACAGGGUGGACGGAGUCCUAUCUUUCCUUCCAGCCUCCAUCCUGGGGAUCCACCUGGUCUACGGAUCAGGUGCUAUUACUCCUUUGUGGCUAUCAGAAUUGAAGUUACUCUUGAGCAUUCCACUCCUGGGUGGAUCCUGACUCCUCCCCAAUGAUCACUAAUCAGUCUGACUCCCCUGGAAGCCCUUCUCAGCAUUGCACUCUUGGCAGCCAUUCUAACUUUGCCCUUCUGCAAGGGACAGAGGUUUCUUUCCUCCUCUUCUUGUCCAGUUCCUUUAUUUACAGAUGGCAACAGUAAGGUCCUGGGGUGAAGGUUCCCUCCAAAGCACCACACAGGGUGCCUGCUUCCUGGCCCCCUCUACUCUGUCAUUGCAGCUCACUGCUUGCCCAGCCUCAUCAAGAUUUAGCAGUUCUGCUCAAGCACAAUGAUAGGUGGACUUCUGGGAAAUUUCACACAUGUGGAGCUAAGGAUACAUUUGGGUUUAUCUAUCAACCUGAGGUCUGUGGGGAGGCAUCUUGUUAGGCUCUCUAUGAAGUCAGAGGGCCAGGUGGUACUUCAGCAUGGUGAUGGCCAGCUCAUUCCUAGUGAUUGGCAUGUAUUAUCCACUUCCUUGAGUCUUGGGUGUCAGCCAGCACCUCUAAGGAAGAUCUCACCCCCACCUUAGACAUUGCCCAAAUAACUGCCUGCUGAUGAACACAUUCCCCACCUCUUCAAACCUCAGUGAGGAGUUCACGCCACUUGUCACACCACCAUUUAUUGAGCACAUACUAUAUACCAAGCACCAUGACAUGCACUUCUAAGACAUCUUAUAUGAUUUAAUCUUCACACAGUGUCAUGGGACGAGCAUUAUUUUCCCCAAUCUUUUAUACAAGGACACUGAAAUUUACAGAAGUGAAAUGUUUUGAAUUUUUUUUUUUUUUAACAUGAAGCAAUUGGCAGAGGCUGGUUUCAAACCUAUCUACCUGGACCUGAAGCUUGUGCUCAUAACUACCCCACCUUCUCACUGAACAGAGAUGAUUCAAGUGUAAUAAAUCAUGAAUGUGUUAACAUGA